AUGAGCAGUUCACAUAAAAAACCAGCACCUUUAAGCCCAACUGCCCUACGUACGGCAGAGUUAACGAACACACGAACGGCUUUUCGAACAGAGUUUGAAGAAAGUAUUGGGUGGUAUAAUGCGGUAAAAUUAGAAGAGGGUGUAUAUUUUCAGUAUCCGGAUAAUAUCGAAUUGGAGGGGUCGUUAUAUCAUAAAGUUCAAGCGGUACUGAAAGAGAUUAUAAGUUCGGAACCUGAAUUAGCCCAGGAAAUUAAAUCGGGUACAAAAGAUUUGGAGGCAUUAGAAGAUCAUCCAAAGAUCAAAGAAAACUUUCCAACGACAUCUUAG